AUGCCUGCCGCGGCGUCCACAGAGAACACCGGCGCCGACGCCGGCGAGCCCGACGAGGAGGACCCCUUCGACGCCGCCUGGCCCCACCUCCAGAUCGUCUACGAGCUGCUGCUCCGUUACAUUGUGUCCUCUGACACUGACACCAAGAUUGCAAAGAGAUACAUUGACCACUCGUUUGUACUUAAGCUUCUUGAUUUGUUUGAUUCUGAGGACCCCCGAGAGAGGGAGUAUUUGAAGACUAUACUUCAUAGAAUCUAUGGCAAGUUCAUGGUGCAUAGACCCUUUAUUCGUAAAGCUAUUAAUAACAUUUUCUAUAGAUUUAUAUUUGAGACGGAGAGGCAUGCGGGGAUCGGGGAGUUGUUGGAAAUUUUGGGGAGUAUUAUCAAUGGGUUUGCAUUGCCGAUGAAGGAGGAGCACAAGUUGUUUCUCGUGAGGGCUUUGAUACCGUUGCAUAAGCCGAAGUCUGUUGGGGUGUAUCAUCAGCAGCUUUCGUAUUGUAUAACACAGUUUGUAGAGAAGGAUUAUAAGCUUGCGGAUACAGUUAUUAGGGGGUUGCUCAAGUAUUGGCCGGUGACAAAUUGUUCGAAGGAGGUGUUGUUCCUGGGGGAGUUGGAGGAGGUUCUUGAGGCUACGCAGCAGGCGGAGUUUCAGAAAUGUAUGGUGCCGCUCUUUAAGCAGAUCGCGCGGUGCCUUAAUAGCUCACAUUUUCAGGUUGCUGAAAGGUCCCUUUUUUUAUGGAACAACGACCACAUUGUGGGCCUUAUCGCCCAAAACCGUAGUGUAAUCUUGCCCAUCAUAUUCGAAGCCUUGGAGAAGAACAUACAGAGCCAUUGGAACCAGGCAGUUCAUGGACUCACAGCAAAUGUUCGCAAAAUGUUCCUUGAAAUGGACGGUGAGCUUUUUGAUGAGUGCCAGAAGCAGUACAUAGAGAAAGAGUCCAAGGCCAAAGCUUUGGAAGAGCAGAGAGAAAUGGCUUGGAGAAGAUUAGAAGCUGCAGCAGUUGAAGCUAACUGCAAGCUAGAAGAGGAGUUGUGAGCUUUCCUAUGCUUUUUUCUUUUUUCUUUUUUACUUUUGGCCCCCUACUUGCUUUUCUGUUAUUUAUUAAAGAAAGAAGGCUGGGAGUGUUUGUAAUUUAAGUGUAUCAUUUGUGGAUAUGCUGCAGAUCUUGAACUGUUCCAGGAUAUUUGUUUUUUUUAUUUGUCCUUCCCGGCAUUUCAAAGAGAUGCGGUGUUAUCAACCAAUCUACACGAUCAUUUUUGCAAACAAAUGAGUGAUGUAAGAAAACACAUGCUUAAUUUGAGUUACCGAGAAUUAAACUGGACUUGAUUGCUGUA